AUGGAGCAGAAAUACAUUGCCUCCGGUGCCACACUCAUGGCGGCAUCAGGAGUAAAGCCCGAGUACCGCCCGGAGGUUUCAUCUGUUUUGGUCGUGUCGUUGGUGGCGGUGCGCGGGCUUGUGGAGUCGUUGUGCGAUGUCCCAUUGGCCCUAGAGCUCGUCGUCGGCGGCUGCUCCUUCAUGACUGAGACACUCCUGCCGCUUGCGAUGGAGCGGGGGGAGGCGGUGGUAGAGCGCAACCACAUGUGCCCGCGUCGCCCACCUCGCCUCACCUCGCGCCGUGUGUUGGGGCUCGACCCGCUCCGCAUCGUCGUUCCUGUUCUUGAAGACUCCGCAUGCCUGCUGCAGGACGGUGUGCGGGUCGGACUGCGCACUGCCGACGGCGCGGUGCUGCUGGGCACCGGAUGCUGCGGCUACACCGGGGACUGGUUCCCGCUGAGCCCGUGCGGCGGCGAGGUGCAGCUGACGUUCAAGGUCUACAACCAGAAGAACGGUGGCGUCACGCGCGCAUCGGCGUCUGGUCAACUCUUCCUUGAUGGCGUUGCGAAGAUGACGGAAUUGCCGCGCGCAGACACCACUGCUGCUGACGGCUUCCUUCCCAUGCCCGUAGCAAAGAAUGGUGGCGCGCGGUGCUCGCAAUCUUGGCCCCUCACCAACGCUAAACGACUGGCGCACUCGGCAGGUACCACACCGAAGAGCCAUCCUGUUAACUGCAAGAAAAGGUCUGCAGCAGACGACACCGUCUUGCUGGAUAUGCAAAGCAUCACCAGCAGACACCACGUCGCCAUGAGACCAGACGAUGCUGGUCGUUCGGGCUCUAUCGCUAGUGAUCUCACUCCGGAAGUGCAUCGACAUAUGCUUUCUGGAAUGAUUACCGCAGAUGAGAAUCACACCGCCACAGGCAGCAACAGCUGCUCUUUCAGUAAGGCUCGAAGACGCGAGUGCCAGCCACGAAGCCUCGUCUACUCGCACAUUCGUGUGAGCGGGUUUCUUCCACUCUCCCCACACGGCCGCUGGCGGCUGGAGUUCACGUGGCCGCAUCCGCAGGUGUCCCUCAUGAAGAGGACAAUAUGGAUCCCACCAAACGUGGAUGCGAACGGCGCCGCGGCGGUGAGGGAGACGCUCUCCGUCGAACUUCCCUUGUUUGUGCGCGGGGAGGUGCAGACGUACGUGCACGCGGUCUGGUCGGGCAGCAGCGGCGAUGACCCCAGGACGCACCUGCACAUGCAGGUAGACUUCGAUCCCAUCAUUGUGGACGUGCAGGACUGCGAGAUAAAUAGGGAGGAGCAGCGGCGCCACGGCCCCAUGCUGGCGGAUGCGCUGCCGCUGACUGUAUCUGACCUCUCCGUGCAGCUCAUGGUGAAGCUGGAGUUCUACGAGCCCCAGCGGGACGGCCAUAGCGGACGCCCAACUAGCGCUUUCCCGCAUCGUCGCAACAACCCGACGCCGGACGACGACGACGACGACGAGGACAAGGAUGAGGAUGAGGAUGAACAGCCACUACUGCAGGGGAAGCAGGAGAAGCAGAAGAAGCAAGCGCAGUUGACAACAAAAGGCUCCCAUGAGGUGCCAGCGGCGCAGCAGGGUACCACACUCUCGUUGCCGUCCUUGUCCUCGCCCUCCACGCCGCAGCGCAUCGAUGCGAGACGGGACACGCAGCCUGGUGGGAACAACGUGGGCGUCACAAGAAGUAACCGGUGCACAGAGAUGCCAAGAAGUAGCUCUUGCUCGAUGCCAAAGGAGGUGCGGGCCACGAGCAGUGAACCAUGCCUGCGCCACAACACCACCACACAAACAGCCGGCUUGGUGCCGUGCAACCGGCAGCUGCAACUGCAGUCUCAGGCGCAGCCACAGAAUGGGAUACGCCGAUGGAGUCCUCGACGUCUGGCAACAAACCGUGCGCGGCGGUCCUGUAACGUGCAGGACUUCGUCCCGUGCUACAGCGAACAACAGCGAAAGGCUGUGUUUAAAAUGUACGAUACAGAGGGCCGCGGGUACAUCACACAGGAGCAGCUUCUCCACUUCUGCCACGCACACGUGGCCUUGUUUGAUAGCGGGCUGAGCGACGCGAGCAUUCUGCGCGGACUAGGCCCAUAUGUGCCGUACCUGGGCCGCCAUCAGUCCACCGCCUUCUCCUCCACCUCUCUGGACCCGCGCAAACGCUGCUCAACGGCGCCGAUUGAUGGAAAAAACGCCCGGCGGACGUCGAUAUACGGAAGCGACUCACUGCAGUCGCAGUCGCUCUCGCUGACGUCGCCGACCACGCGGUCGGAGGCGGUGUCGGCGCGAACGGCCCCGGUAACCGGGGCGGGGACGAGUAUGUUUGGAUACGAGGCGGAGAGCAUCACGUACCGCGUGUUUGAGGUGAUCGCACUCCGCCUCGCCAGCAUGUAG